AUGGCAAUCUGGGGAGGAGGCUACGCUUUCCAGAUAUGGCUGGAUCGAAGGAUCGCAGCUGGGCACGAACAAGAUCUCGACUACACCAACGGCUCUCUUUCAGUCGGACCGAUCUUCCUGUACAUCUUCUACGGAGCAUACGAUGCUUUCUGGCAGGGCUUCAGCUACUGGCUCAUUGGGACGGAGUCGAACUCUUCGGAGCGUGCAGCUAUUCUGGUGGCUUCGUACAAGACUUUCCAAGCGGCAGGUGCGGCUAUGGCUUGGAGGAUUACGGCACUGGGCAAGCCUGCUAUGACGCAAUUGGCGAUGGAUUGGGGAUUGUGCAUUGGAGCGUUGAUUGUGGUGUUGCCUACGGUGUUGACGGUAUCAGAAACGACGAGGCCGGAGAAUGAGGUUACUGCUGGCAUGUCUGAUGCGCAAGGGAAGGCUGUGGAGGCUUGA